AUGUCGAUGUCAAUGUCGACAUAUUAUUGUCAUAACUGUCAACAAGGAGUGACAUUAAGGGAUGGAGAUUUUGUUUGUGCGAGAUGUGGUAGCGAAUUCAUUGAGGAGCUUUCCACAGACAACAGAUCGUACAUGCCACCAUUUGGGAUGUUCCUUGGCCAGAUGAUCUCAGAUGGACAGCAUGGAAAUGCAGAUGUAAGUUCUUCAAGUAACGCUCAUCAGCAACAAGAUCAAUACCAGCAGCCUUCAUCAAUACGAUUUAUGCAUGGAGCUUCUGUAGGUGGUGGAGAUGAUGAAAAUAUUAUACUGCUUUUCCUAAAUCAAUUACUGACGAAUUUAUCGGCACAAGGAGCUCAGAUACAGCUUCAAAUUACUCGUGACCCAAAUGCUCACGGAAAUGUUCUUCAUGGUCCCAUAGCAGAUUAUGCAUGGGGAGAAGGUGGCUUAGAUCAAAUUGUCACACAGCUUCUGAAUCAGUUUGAAGGUGGUUCAACACCCGUCGAUCCUAAAUUGCUUGCUAACUUACCCAUGACAGUGGUGGAGCCGAAACAUAUUGACAGUGGGGCACAGUGUACCACAUGUAUGGAAACUUUCAAAAAGGAUGAAUUGGUAGCUAUCCUAGAAUGUCAGCACAUUUUUCAUCGAGAGUGCAUAUUACCUUGGCUUAGGAGGCACAAUACUUGUCCAAUAUGUCGGCAAACAGUUGAUGCAACAAAAUGGUCUAGCAACAAUCCAUUAGAUGAACUGGAUUGA